GUCUUCUUUUUCUAUAUAUGUACAGACGUGAAAAUCUUCUAGAAAAGUGACAAAAAAAGCAUAGAAAACUCAGCCUACUAUUCUCUUCUUCGUUGUCUUUAUCAACUCUUUCCCUCCUAACAAACCACACAAAAUCUCACACACACACACACACACACUCUUACCAUGGAUACAGAAAAUGCCAAGUUGAAGGCUUUUUUGUUUCCUUGGUUGGCCUAUGGACACAUCUCUCCAUUUCUUGAGCUAGCCAAAAAACUUUUAGAUAGAGGCUUCUUGAUUGAACUUUGUUCUACACCUAUUAAUCUAAGUUUCAUUCAAAAAAGAAUCCCACAAAGCUAUUCUUCCACAAUUCAGCUUGUGGAACUCAUAUUACCAGAAUUUCCUCAACUUCCUCCUCACUAUCACACAACCAAUGGACUCCCCCUCCAUCUCAAUUCCACCCUUCACAAAGCUCUCAAGUUGGCCAAACCUAACCUUUUCACCAUCCUAAAAACACGAAAACCCGAUAUAAUAAUCUAUGAUGUUAUGCAACUAUGGACUUUUGGGGUGGCUUCUUCACUCAGCAUACCAUCAGCUCAAUUUUUCACCUCUGGCGCGGCCAUGUGUUCCUAUUUUGUGCACUUGUACAAGAAUCUUGACGUCGGAUACCCUUUUCCAGCUCUUCAUUUACGCGAUUAUGAGCUAGAAAGAGCGCGUAAAUUGGUCCAGAAAAAUGACAAAGAGAAUGAAAACAAAGAUGAUCAACCUGAAGAGGAGAUGCCGCCUCAAGAUGGGAUCAUGCUAAUAAGUACUAGUAGAGAAUUGGAAGGAAAAUAUAUGGAUUAUUUGGCUGAAAUUAUUGAGACUAGAAUUUUGCCUAUAGGUACGCUAGUUCAAGAUCCUGUGGCUAGUGGAGAUGAAAACAUGAACAUCAUGCAAUGGCUAGAUAGUAAAAAAGAGUUAUCAACUGUGUUUGUCUCUUUUGGGAGUGAGUAUUUCUUGACAAAAGAAGAAAGGGAGGAAAUAGCUUUAGGUUUAGAGCUUAGCCAAGUGAAUUUCAUAUGGGUUGUUAGGUUUCCAAAAGGUGAAAAACAAAAUCUUGAAGAGACUUUGCCACAAGGAUUUCUUGAAAGAGUUGGAAAUAGAGGGAUAAUUGUGGAAUGGGCUCCACAAGCUAAAAUCCUAACUCAUUCAAGUAUUGGCGGAUUUGUGAGUCAUUGUGGAUGGAAUUCUAUAUCUGAAAGUAUAGAAUUUGGUGUUCCAAUAAUAGCUAUUCCCAUGCAACUUGACCAACCAAUGAAUGCUAAAUUGCUAGUGGAAAUUGGAGUUGCUUUAGAGGUUGUGAGGGAUGAUAAUGGAUCGCUUCAUAGCAAAGAAAUAGCAAGUGUUAUAAAAGAUGUAACAAUUGGAGAAUCCUCAGAAAAUAUGAGGAGUAAGGUGAGAAAUUUGGGAAUGAAUUUGAGAACAAAAAGUGUUGAAGAUAUGGAUGCAACUGUAGAGGAGUUAAGACAACUUGUUGGGAAGAGUAAGAGCAAGAAUGGUUAAUUCUUUCUAAUCUAGUUCAUUAAACUGUGGCUAAAUAAACAUUCACAAUAUAUCCUUUAAUGAGGUGAUUUCUUAUAAUUAUCAUUUCGAUACAAUAAUAAAUGCAUACUUAUGUCA